AUGUCGAUGGCCAAGAAGUCUGAGCCGCCGCCCCAGGACUCGCUUGCCACGGCCCCAAAGGCCACCUUUCUUCGUUUGGGCCACAAGAACCACUCGCAGUGGAAUGCCCUCGGUUCGGCCUCCUUUAUCCUGAUCUCCGGCGGCAUGAGUUUGGCCUGGGGUGCCGGAUUCGCCGUCCAUUCCGCCCACAGGGAGCAACUCCUGCUCACCGUGCACAUGCAAGUCGCCUGGUAUGCCACUGCCAUCUUGGGAGCUCUUUUUGGGGCAUUCUACACCCACCGACUGCCACAGCAACCCAUCUAUAUUUUUGGCUCCUGUUUAGUAAUAGCCUCCGGAAUAUUAUUCCUAGCUUGGCCGCAGAGUCCUGGCGCCAUUAUAGCCGCCCGAUAUCUGGACGGAUUGGCCAAUGGUCUGGUGUUUGUGCCCGCCCUGAGUACCGUGGGUGAGAUUGCGGUGACCGAGAUCCGAGGACUUCUGGCAGCCACUGUGGAGCAGCUGAGCUCGAACACUGGUAUCCUGAUGCAGCUAAUCUACACGGCUGUGUGGCAGGUGGACUGGAACGUGGUCAUUGUGGCGGACCAGGUGCACGGAGUGCUCUCCAUAAUCUACGGGGUGAUAGCCCUGGCCCUGUCCCUCACCCUUUGUGUGGAGUCACCGGUGCACCUGCUGAUGCGAUCCAACGAGCAGAGGGCAGUGGUUGCCCUGAGGCACCUGCAACGACCCUACAUGGUGACCAGUGAAACGCUGCUGAGACUCGAUGAACAUAAGCUGUAUGUGGCCGCCAAUCGGGAGAUGUGUUCGGGGUUGAGCCUUCAGAAGGGGUUUCCAUCGCUCGUUAAGCUGCUGGCCCUCCGACUGCUGGGCAUCAUGUGCCUGAACUUCAUCAUCUGCAGUGCUCUCUACGAGACGGCCAGCCAGCUGGUGAGCAGCUUUCACGCCUGGCCCUACGUGGUCUUCGGAGUUCUGCGCUGGAGCGGCUGCUUCUUUGUGGUGCUCCUGAUGGACACCACGGGCCGCAAGAAACCCACCCUCUUCGGCAUCUUCUCCACCGGAGCCUUUGCCAUCGCCUUUGCCAAUCUGUUUGGCAGAACUCCCCACAUGAUCACCGCCCUGGUGAUGCUCUUCAGUUUGCAGUUCUUCGCGGGACUGGGACAAUGCGCCUCGGCGGUCUACCUCACGGAAGCCUUUCCUCUGGGACUGAAACCACACUUGGUCGCCGUGGUUUACUUAGUGGAACUUAUCACACGACUGCUCCUCUGCAGCUUUACACCAUCGAUCGCCGGGAUUACCGCCUACUUUCAUGUCCUGGGCACUCUGUCGAUGGUGUUCUUCCUCCUGGGAAUCUUCUGUCUUCCAGAAACUAAGCUGGUCACCUUGGCAGAGGCACAAAUUAAGUUUUCCAAGUGGUUCAACAAGGACUUUUAA